GUGCCACGGCCGGCGGGAAUUAUUUUUUAUUACCAUUGCAAAGCCCAACUGCACCCCUACGUUUUCCCGGCAAAGCACGGACCAUCAACCAUUUGGAGUCGCCUUCUCCAGCUCUGGACAAUUCACUUGCUAAUCCACAGGAAAGCUUCGAAGAAAAUGAAAAAGUCGCAAUUGCCGCUGCUAAACAUAUGUGGACCUGAGAAGGCAGUUAAGAAGGAAGCUUUGGUGAAGCUUUUGAGAUGGCAUUUCGGGCACCCCAACUUCCAGGGCAAGCAGCUAGAAGCUAUUGAGGCUGUUUUGUCAGGAAGGGAUUGUUUUUGCUUGAUGCCAACCGGUGGGGGAAAAUCAAUGUGCUACCAGAUUCCUGCUCUUGCUAAACCUGGGAUUGUACUUGUAGUUAGCCCUUUAAUAGGAUCAUGCCUGCCUUUAUUGGUCUUUCAUUUGUUUCAGCUCUCAUGGAGAAUCAAGUUUCUGCGUUGAAAGACAAAGGAAUUCCAGCUGAGUUCCUCUCGUCAAGCCAGACCUCGCAAGUAAGAAAACAGAUAUACGAGGACCUGGAAUCUGUGAAGCCAUCUCUGAGGUUAUUGUACGUUACACCAGAAUUAAUUGAUACAAUUGGGUUCAAGUCAAGACUGGUGAAGAUUCACUCAAGAGGAUUGCUAAACCUUAUUGCUAUUGAUGAGGCCCAUUGCAUCUCAUCAUGGGGCCAUGACUUCAGGCCUAGUUACCGGAAGCUUUCUACCUUAAGGAGCCACCUGCCAAAUAUCCCAGUAUUGGCCUUGACAGCAACGGCUGCUCCAAAAGUUCAGAAUGAUAUCAUUGGAUCAUUGUCUUUGGAGAGUCCUCUAGUCCUCAAAUCUUCUUUCAACCGCCCAAAUAUCUAUUAUGAAGUUCGAUAUAAAGAUCUCUUGGAUGAUCCAUAUGCUGAUGUAUGUAAUCUCCUGAAAUCUUUGGGAAAUGUUUGUGCAAUUGUUUACUGCCUCGAACGUACAGCAUGUGAUGAUCUUGCCUCCCAGCUGAAGACUUACGGAAUUUCAUGUGCUGCAUAUCAUGCUGGACUAAAUAAGACAUUGCGAAGCUCUGUCUUGGAUGAUUGGAUUUCCUCCAAAACACAAGUAGUCGUUGCAACAGUGGCUUUUGGGAUGGUAUGCACUCAGCACUUCCCAAUAUUCGGUUUCAUUUCGUCAAGCUCUAACAGGAUUUAACUACACAUGAAAACUCUUUUAUUUGCAAUUUUUAAAGGGCAUAGAUCGAAAAGAUGUCAGAGUUGUCUUCCACUUCAAUGUUCCUAAGUCAAUGGAAGCUUUUUAUCAGGAGUCAGGUAGAGCGGGCCGUGAUCAAUUGCCCUCCAGAAGUGUUGUUUAUUACGGAAUGGACGAUCGUCGGAAAAUGGAAUUCAUUUUAAGCAAUUCAGAAAGGAAGAAAGAGUCUUCAAGUUUACAAGAUGGGUCCUCAAAGAAGGCCCUUGAUAGCUUCAGCCAGAUCGUCAAAUACUGUGAACUAGAUGGUUGUCGCCGUAAAAAGAUCCUUGAGAGCUUCGGGGAGAUGGUAUCCGCAUCUUUAUGCGGAAAAUCAUGUGAUGCUUGUAAGCAUCCCAAUGUAGUUGCGAAAAACUUGGAGCAGCUAAAAGCUGCUGCCACCUUUCAUCAACGAAUUGGAUCUUCAAGGAUUUUGAUUAGCAGCGCACAAAACCUCAAUGACAGAGACUACUCUGAAUUCUGGAACCAUGAGGAUGAUGCAAGUGGGUCAGAAGAAGACAUUUCUGAUUCAGACGAAGUUCUUGAUGCUGCAAAGAAUGUAGCUUCUUCAAGGACAUCAACAAAGUUAAGAAUCCAAGACAAAAUUGAAUUGCUGCAACGAGCAGAAGAGAAUUAUUACAAGAACAACAAUACUGAGAAGCAGGCAAAUAAAAUAGACAAAAAUGCAGUAUCUGAAACGUUAAGAGAGACAGGCAAACAAAGAUUGCUAAACGCAUUAAAACAAAAUGAAGAGAGGUUCUCUGAUACAAGAUUGAGCUUAGAAGAUUCUGCCUCGACUCUUGAAAAGGAAUGUUACAAAAAGUAUGGUAAAAGUGGAAAGUCGUUUUACUUAUCACAAAUGGCAAGUACAGUGAGGUGGCUUUCAAAAGCAGACCCCACAGAACUUAGAAAUAAGCUCAGCUGUAGUGUAUCUUCUUCUUCGGAGGCCGGCCCACCACCAACAAAUCCGUCUGAUGUUUCAUUAGUAUUAUCGGGUCAUGAGAAGACCAAGCACACUCUUAAUUUAGAAACAGACAAAGAAAUGGAUGAAAAAGAGGAAGCUGUCUGCAUUGCUGCUGCCACUACAUUGCCCCCUAUUCCAUCUUUCUCGGAGUAUAUUAACAGCAGAAAUGUGAAGGGUCAAUGGGAAUCCACCUCGAAUAAGCGUUCACCGCCUAAGAUGUCGGGAGAGGAUAUACUGAAGAAAAUGCGAUCUUGAAUCAAAUGGGUCUUUAUCUUCCGUAUUUUUACUGCACACGGCAUUAAUUUCAAUAUGUUUAUGCAGCCAACUUUUCUUUAGUUAUUUCUGCGCUAUUUCAGUGAGUUAUUUCAAUCACUGGAGCAAUAUAUCCAUGUUUCACGAAGAAGAAAAAAUCUAUACCCCCC